AUGGUCAGCUCAGCCCUUCCUACCGAGAUUCUGGCUAGUGUGUUCGGCCUACUUCCGCCGUCGAAUCUUGCCUUGGCCUCACGCGUCUGUCGCGAAUGGAAAAAAGUCGCCUUCCAGCCUCUCUACCAUACCGUUUACCUCUGUCUCGCCGUCCAUCUCGAGCAGCUUGCCCAGCGGAUCCUUACCGAGGAUGCAGCCAGUCCAACCUCAGUCUCAGCCCACCUGAAAGGACUUGCGUUCGACAUCAAAUACAUGGACGAGCGCGAAGAGGAAAUGAUAUCCGAGGCCGAUAUCGCCCACAUCAACGCGAUAAUUCCCCAUCUAGCCCACCUCCAAUCUUUGUCUUGGAAUCUGAUGUUCGUGCCACAAGAUCCAGGCACAUUCCAGCUAUUCCAAACUCGGUGCCCGAAGCUCACUUCGGUUCAUAUUUGGAUUCAAGAUGAUAUUGAUUUCUACGGCGAUCAGUAUACUAGCCUGUUCGGAUUCAAGGAUCUAUCCCACUUUUCCCUAUCAGUGCGAUAUUUACCAUCCGGAUUCGAUACCGAACAACUCGAACCAUUAACCUCACUGCUCACUCGCUCCCCCGACAUCUCUUCCCUCGUACUUGACCUCGUGAGCACAGACGGUGAAAGCUACUACUCUCCAACAGCACUCGUCUCCGCACUCGGUGAAAAUCGGGUCUUGCCCCGUCUACGACGUUUCCACGUACACGGACACCAAGACCCCAACUGGACUACAUUUUUCGAGAAACCCGAUUCGCACCCGUUGCGCCAAUUCUUGAUUCGGCAUCCAGGAAUCGAGGAUAUAGGAUUCGGCCUUUUCGAAGAAACUGAAUAUGGAGAUGUGAUUGACCCAGCGCAGGUCGCGCGCCUUUUCCCUUCUUUGAAACACUUUGAAGGACCUGCGUUUCUAUUUCAGCCCCUUGUUCAGUCGACGUUGGCUGAACAGAUCGAGACGCUAGUGAUACUUGACGCGCGAUUACAGGAAGGGGAUAUUCCGCUGAGUAAUAUAUACGACAAGGUAUCUGCGUUGCCGAAACUUAGGAAGUUUGGAAUUUGGUCGAGCGAGAUUGACGAGGAUAUUUUGGUUAAUGUUUUACGUACGAUCGUCGACGCCGCAAACCAACUGGAAGAAGUAGAAAUUCACGCGGAUAUAGAAAGUGACUAUGGAGAAGUGAUGGACUUGCUGGCAAAGUUAUCAAACCUGCGCAGUGUCACGUUCAGUGAAUCGAUUCUCCCAGUCUUUGCCGAAAACGACGACGAAGAAGAAUCGGACUGGGAUGGACUGGCUUCAAAGCUUAGACAUACCUGCCCAAAGCUACAGACUAUCUACAAAGCGAUCGUCAAGUUUGGCGGGGAAGAUCGCGAAAAAGUCUGGGAGUCGUCGUAUGCAUGA